AUGAAUAACUCAUCACACGGAAGAUUUCAAGUACUUGAAAGUGAAAAUCCAGAAAAGAUUAUCGAUUGGAGUAGCGCUGAAGUCGAUAUAGUAUUGGAGAAGAUAUCAAGCUUCUAUGAUAAAUUCAAUCCAAUAUCCAUUUAUCCACUUUCUUACGGAUUUCCUUUAAAUGCUAGUCCUUUAAGUGGUGUUGGCGAUUUGGUCGGAGAAAUUAAGAGAAACUUAAGAAAACAUUAUCCAUUGCCUGUAUUGAAUGUUACUUGGGCUAAUGAUGAUUACCUACAAAGAAUCGAAAGUGACUUCUCAAAUGGCAUAUUUUUUUCGGAUGUCGACGAUAAAAUAGAAAUACUUCGAGACCUUGCCAUAGAUGAACUUGCGCACGAUCUCGGCUAUAGUUCAUGUGCUUUGGCAUCAAAAAAUAAUCGACCUUUCGAAGUAUCUUUGUCCUCAUAUUUUCUCCCGACCUCAAAAUCGACACCUGAAGCAGCAAAUCUUGAAUCUAUUGGAAUAAAAUGCGCACAUUCAAAAACGAUUUACAAGAAUAAGGUUAUCUUAGAAAAACUUCUAUCAUUCAAGCUUACAUCAUUCGCACAAUCAUUGCUGGACGACUGGGUAAUAGGUCAAGAUCCCGUUGAAUGGAAGUAUCAUUAUAAUAUUGAUGAAUUCGAUAUCGAGAAUCAGAAUCAGGAUGAAGAUGAUGAACAUCAGUCAUCUGCACUGACCGUUAUCAGAGAUUCAGUUUUAUCAGAAAAUGGUUCAUUUAAUGAAGACGAAGGUUUUGACGAUGCAGGAAGUCCGAUUCAUUCGCCGUCUUCCUCGCUUGAUAGCUCAGUGAGUCCCGUGAUAACUUCUAGGCACACAGAUGUAUUAGAAUCUGGAGAGUCUGUGAGUUCCUCCAAGAAUGCAAGAAUUAAUGAAGAUGACGUUACGGAACAUAAACCAAGGAAGAGGUCAAGAAUGUCUGGAUUUUAA